AUGUACGGCAUGAGCUCCGCCCCCUCCUGUCAGCGGCCGCGUUACACGGAAGUAGCUCAGAACUUGUCAAUAAGAGAGGCCGACUGAAAUGGCAAAGUCUUCCUGAAAUCAUCUACAAUGGCACUUCUCUGACAUUUAUUACAUUUGAAUCUUUUUAAAACCUUUUAAGUUUUUUUAUUUAAAAAAAACUGCUUUCAAAGACUUUGUAGAGGGGAAGUGUAAUCACAAUGACAGUCAGCCAUAAACUAUGCGCUCUCCUAGUUUGCUCCAUCACAGCUUACAGCUAUUUGGACUCUGCUUUCUGUUCUGCCCACUGCGGAACUUCCCCUCAGGUCUUAGACAGUAACAUGGGAGAGAUCCGGAGUUCUUCUUACCACACCUGGUAUUACCGCUUUGGAUCUAUUUGUGACUGUUGGGUCAUCAAGGGUUCGGAGAACGAACCGAUAGUUUUCAGGUUUUCUCGGUUCUUCGUGAAGUGUGACACCGAAUGGGUUUCCCUGGAAUCCUCAGCUGGUGGUGAACCGGUGGUUCUUUGUGGGAAAACAUUGCCAGAGCCUCUCAGGUUUCCGGGGGGAAAUAUCACAGUUGUGCACCAUUUCUUUCCACACCAAUACCCGGUGUCAAAGUUUAUUUUGAGCUAUUCCAGAGAGUCAGAAAACUGCCCAAAGACGUCUUUCCAGUGUCCUGGGAGUCAGUGCAUCCCACUUUUCCUGCGCUGUAACGGGCGCAUAGAUUGUCCCGAUGACAACGUUGGUUCUGAUGAGCAGGGCUGUGAAGAUAACAUGGACUAUCCAGAGAUUCAGACCACAGCAGAUGGAAAUAAAGACUCUGAGAAGCAGAUGGUCACAGAGAAAACCAAAAGCUUGGUCAGAACGACUCCCGGAUAUGUGUAUGAGGAUUUCUGGCAGCUGGAGAGGACGCAGAACCAGCUGGGGCAGGAGCAGACUCAGACCAAAGCAGAGGUGCUCAUCUCCACAACUCCCGUUGAGUGGCCGUGCGGAGGUCUCUUCCAGACCUUCUAUGGGACCUUCUCUUCUCCAGCCCCCCGAGGGAACAGGAUCUUCUGCGUUUGGACUUUGGAUCCUCAGGACUCUCGGGCCCUGAGGUUAGACCUGCGACAGCUGGAGCUGGGGCCUUUCGAUAGACUGACCAUCUACAACAGAGGCGAAGGAAAAGGAGAUGUGAUUAAAAAUAUCACCAGUGCAUCUAAUUACAAAUCAGUCCAGGUGGAAUCCCACACUGGCCUGAUGUCCCUGACAUACGAAACUUUCCCCGGCUCUGAGGGAACAGGCUUCAAAGCCACGUUCCACGUGGGCAGCUACUGUCCGCCGUCGGAAUAUCGCUGUGGAGGAUCGAUGGGAGGAUGCUACUCAAAGGAGCAGCGCUGCGACGGGAAAUGGGACUGUCCCGAAACCGGAAAGGACGAGGAGGCGUGCAGGGGCUGCGGCGUCAACCAGUUUGCCUGCGGAAUGGUGGGACAAAAAGCCGUGGCGCCCAACCACUUCCCUGGCAGGCCGGUGUGCUACCCGGUGACAGAGAGAUGCAAUUACCAGCUUUACUGCGCUGACCUCAGCGACGAGAAGGACUGCACUGUGUGCCAGCCAGGGACCUUCCAUUGUGACAGCGACAGGUGCGUGUUUGAGAGCUGGCGCUGUGACGGUCAGGUGGACUGUAAGGACGGCACCGAUGAGCUCAACUGCACCGUCAUGCUUCCCCGCAAGGUCAUCACCGCAGCAACGGUGGGCAGCCUCGUCUGCGGGCUGCUGUUGGUCAUCGCCAUGGGCUGCACCUACAAACUGUACUCGCUCAGGACCAGAGAGUACAGCAUGUUUGCUCCAAUAAGCCGCCAGGAAGCCCAGUUGAUCCAGCAGCAGGCUCCUCCCUCCUAUGGUCAGCUGAUUGCCCAGGGUGUCAUCCCGCCAGUGGAGGAUUUCCCCACAGAAAACCCCAAUGAGACUUCGACUCUUUCUCUGAGGGGAAUUCUUCAGCUCCUCCGUCAGGACGCCGCCAACUCCCCCCACCGCCGUCGCAGGCCUCGCUUCGUCCGCCGCGCCGUCCGCCGGAUGCGGAGGUGGGGUCUCAUCCCCAGGCAGGCCUCCAGGCAGAGUCAGAGCCAAAGCUCCAACCCGCAGCAGUCCAACUCCGCUCCACCUGGUGAACAACCAGCCCAGUCCACUCCCACAGGCUCCUCCUCGGUGGUGGAGGCAGCCCUCCCACCCGUUUCUCAGAAACUCGGCCUGCUGUCCACGACGGAGCAGCAGCAGGAAGCUCCUCUGCUGCAGCUGCCGUCAACGGAUGCCGCCUUCCUGCCUCCCCCUCCAUACGCCCCCCCUGCUCCACCUCACACCACUCCCUGCACUCCCCAGGUUUCCGUUCCUUCUAGCAGCCCUUCCUUAGCUUCCAUCUUCCAGACGCUAGGCCUCAGUAUUUCCCUUUUCAGAGCCUCCCCCUCUUCUUCUUCUACUUCCUCUUCUUCCACCAACUCCAUGCCUCUGUCGGCCUCUCCUUCUUUCUCCUCCUCUUCCUUAGACGAUGAGGUGCUGCUCAUCCCGCUGUCCGAGGACAACACUUCCGAAGAUGACGUGCCCAUGCUCACCUGAAACGACCUCCUCACCGCUCGCUAGGUUUCUUCCGCAUCCAGUCGACCUUUAGCACAGGAGUGCCUCACUCCGACACUCAUCUUCUCUGUGCAAGUCUGUUCCUUUUCUGAUUGCUUUGGAUUUCAUUUUGUCGCCAUUUCCUGCCAAAUCUUGGACUGUUUUUUCUUCCCCUUUUCCCUUCGUCUUGCUUAAGGACUUACAUGUGUUGGUGUCAAGCACGGGGGGAAAACACAAAACAAAGUGGAUUGGGUGUGCACUUAACGCUGGACUGCACAGAGAAGGUCAACGUUUGCACAGAAGGAUCUUCCUCAUCCAGAUACCGACCAGGCUACUGUCAGGCUGGAUGAGCUGAGCUCCUACAACGGAAAGUUGUUUGAAUGACUGCGACUGUUUGAAUUCAAGUGUUUGUUUGUUUUUAGUCCUAAGAGACAAAGGAGUGUGAUUGUAAAUGUGAAUCACGCUGGUAAACUUCUGCACCCAGUCGGAUGAAAUGAGAGGUCACUAAUAUUAUAGGAAGGACAAUAUUCCCCCCUAAUCAAGUGCCUUUAGAGGAGAUUCCUGAGAAGUUCUAGUUCCUUGUGGAAACACACACACACACACACACAUUGGUUCAUCGCACGCAUCAGCACAUCAAUGGCUUUAUUAGAACAUUGUAAAAUGCAUGUCUGCAAGUUGGCAAUACCUUUUCGGGGGAUCUGUUGUUGUAGUUCAAAUGAUAGUUAAUGUUUUCUAAGUACACAUAGGUAUUAUCCUGACUAGAAAAUGAAUGUACUCAAAGAGAAACACUUUCAAAGACAAUCUCUUCGGUGCCUGAUUCCACAGCGUGAGAACAGAAAGAUGAGGCGCCCCUCGCGUUUAAAAGAGGGCAGCAAAGUCGCAAAAUGACCUCAAUCGUUGAUGAGACUUUAUUAAUAUUAUUAUUAUUGUUAUUUUGUUGCAGACUGACACAACAUAAUUGUGGUGUGCCAUUCGAACUCAGAUAAAAUGAUUUAUUGUGUUUUUAUUUCAGCAAGCUGCGUGUCCUUUUAUCAUUCUUUAAAUUCUUUUGAAUGUAGUGUGGCGGUUACGGAGUAAAAUAGAAGUUUUAAGUUCAAAUGCAAUGGGAUAAAUAAAAAAAGUGAUUUUAGGAUGUAAGGAGUUCGAUUUCACUGUAUAUAAGUCAAAUGUUGCUGAGAUUAAACAAUUUGCACUUUUAA